AUGCCAGUGCAGGCGAGAGCUACAGUCGAGAGACAUACCCAUUACACUCAGCCAAAGCGAAUAACGGAAGAGGAGGCAGUGGGAGAGAUAAGGAGAGGAGGUUUUUUCAGAGUGGUUUUCAGCUUCGGAAGAGGAGCUAUGGUAGCGGAGGAGGACUCGGAAUUUUGAGCACCAGGAGAGGAAGAAAAAAACGCGUUAUCCCGUUCUGCUGCGGCUAGUGAGCGCGUUCUCUGCUCGGGUUGGAAUAGCCUACAGUGUGUUUACGUGAGACCAUGGAGAUACGGCUUGGAUUUAUCAAACGGCACUUCGACAGUUUGUGAAAAAAAACUGGACCUCUCAUUUUUCAACGGCAUUUUACUCUCUUUUUAUUCGUUGGGAUUGUGUUUUUUAGUGUAUUUUUUCCGUUGGCGUAUUUUUUGUUUUUAUCUAUGGUGUUUCAUUAUUUAUGUCGUCUUUUCCUUCUUUCAAAAAAUUCUUAUUUUUUGAUUCAUCGGUUUUGGAGGAGAGUCCGUAGUGAAGAUUUUUGGAGAGAAGAUGCUGCGCUGCUCAUGUGAAUGAUAUUCUCUCUCCCCAACUGAGACGUGCCAUGGAUGGAAAACUUAAUUUGCAUCUACGAAACCGAUCGGGAAAUAUCCGUUACAUCGAAUAACUACUGCUGACAUCGAUCAGGACCAAUGACAUAGGAUGAACACUGCUGGAGGGGUGUGUCUGUGUGUGCUGUCGUCCCUCUUUGCUGUGGCCUGGGCCGUAGCUGCCUUCGUUCCUCCAGCUCCUCUCUCUGCCCUGGCCGCUGCCUAUGGGUCUGCCAGUGGCGUCUCUCCCGGGGAGGUAGAGGGGGGCAGCCUCCCCUCCCCAUGCUCCAGCCUGGUAGCCGGGGUACUGUAUGGCUCUUUCUCUCUGAGAGAGCUGUUCCCGUCGCAGGUGCUGGGCUGUUCCUGGUCGUUGGAAAACCCAGAUCCCACCAAGUACUCCCUCUAUCUCCGAUUCACCCGCCAUCCCUCUAUCUGUCAAUCACACUACCCCAUGCUCCUCCCCCUCGACCAUCAUCUAGCCAAUCAGAGCUGUCCGCUGGAUCUAGAGACGCCACCUCAAGACCAGGAAGUGAUAGACCUUUGCGGCAGGCAAUUAGAAUCAGAGGGACCUUAUUCAUUUUUGCAGUUCGACAAGAACUUUGUGCAGCUGUGCCUAUCGAGACUACCGACAACCGAUGAACCACCGGUAACCAAGGAAACACUAGAACUCCGGCUGGUCGAGGUUUUGCUAAUCAACAACGAGAACUCCAGUCAGUUCACCUGUGGAGUACUCUGCCGAUGGUUCGAGGAGUGCCUACGCAAUGGUCGUCAUGGAGAAGCUGAUGUUGCCGACGGCGACGGUUGCAGAGUUACGCAGACUGGUUGUGUGUGUCCUAACAACAAUGUGGUCAUGGCUCAGCCUGUACCCCUUCUCCCGGCAACGCCCCAUAGCAACGGAUCGUUGUUACCUGAGAAUUGCUGCGUCACAGAGCUGCACCAUAACAACGCCAUCGCCAUAGCGCCCAGGGACGUCAGACACGACCUCUAUCCAGACCCAGAUGGUGAUGACCUGAAGGUGAAGACACAGAAACCCAGAUCAGCAGACCAGCCAGGUGUGUUUCAGGCACAGACAGGUGACCCUGCGGCGGAGGAGUGGUCUCAGUGGAGUGUGUGUUCGUUAACGUGUGGUCAGGGUUGGCAAGUGCGGACACGCUCAUGUGUGUCCUCUCCCUACGGAACCCUGUGUAGUGGCGCCCUGAGAGAGACACGUAUGUGUAACAAUACAGCCACCUGCCCCGGUGACCCAGCACUGAGCUCAGUGCAUGGGCUGUGGGAGGAGUGGUCGUCAUGGAGCCUGUGUUCUGUCACGUGUGGGCGGGGCUCCAGGACCCGAACCAGAAACUGUGAGAGCGGAGGAGGGGCCAAGCUCUGUGGAGGGCCUGAGAAACAGAACAAACUCUGCAACAUAGCAGUGUGUCCCGUGGAGGGCCAGUGGUUGGACUGGGCUCCAUGGUCUAGGUGCAGUGAAACCUGUUCCACAGGGAGCCAGCAGAGACAGAGGAGGUGUAGUGCAUCGGUGCAUGGCUGGGCAGAGUGUAAAGGACCACACCAGGAGACCCGGGAGUGUACCAACCCAUCUUGUGGUGGUGGGGGUAACUGGGGCGGCUGGAACCACUGGAGUCUGUGCAGCAAGACGUGUGACUCAGGGUGGCAGCGUCGCUUCAGGAUGUGUGAGGGGACAGGUGUACAGGGUUACCCCUGUGACGGCUCCGGAGAGGAGGUCCGCUCCUGCAAUGACAAGAAGUGCCCCGCACCUCAUGAGAUCUGUAGAGAUGAGUACCUUGUGACCAUGACCUGGAAAAGAGCCUCGGCAGGAGAAACAGUCUAUAACAAGUGUCCGACUAACGCCACUGGAUCUGCUAGUCGUCGUUGCUUGCUGGACGCUAAUGGAGUUGCUUACUGGGGUCCUCCGAGCUUCGCCAGAUGCGUCUCGAUGGAAUUCAGAUAUUUACAUUUAUCUUUGCGAGAGCAUCUUGCGAAGGGUCAGAGGACCCUGGCUGGAGAGGGCAUGUCUCAGGUCGUGAGGAAUCUCCUGGAUCUCUUACAGAGGAGGAGCUACUACAGUGGUGACCUCCUGUUCUCCACGGAGAUUCUCCGAAAUGUGACGGACACCUUCAAGAGAGCAACCUACAUCCCAGCUGCCGACGACACACAGAAAUUCUUCCAGGUAGUCAGCUAUAUGUUGGACAUGGAAAACCUUGAGAAGUGGGAAGACGCUCAUCAGGUUUCUCCUGGUACGGCCCAUCUCAUGCGUAUCUUGGAGGACUUCAUCCAUCUGAUUGGAGAGGAUCAGAAACCGUUCCAGAGUUUCCUGGUGGUCACCAACAACCUCAUGAUUACAAUACAGCGAGAGCCCGUGACAGCGGUCUCCAGUGACAUCAACUUCCCCAUGAAGGGCAGGAGGGGAAUGAAGGACUGGGCUCGUUCCGCCGAAGACAAACUCUACAUCCCCAAAGAGGUCUUCACCCUAACCUCUGAAGAAACAGAAACGGAGACCUCGUAUUUUGUCAUCGGAGCCAUCCUUUAUCGAACCUUAGGAGUCAUCCUUCCUGCCCCCAAAGCCCCUGCUGUGAUCAACUCUAAGAUUCUGACGGUGACGGUCCGACCAGAACCCAAACCCAGUGAACCCAUGGUGGUUGUGGAGCUGUCCCCACUGCUUAAUGGCACAUCAGAUCCUCAGUGUGUUGUCUGGGACUAUGGGAACCUGGAAGCUGGUGCUGAGAACUGGGACACAGAGGGCUGCCAAACGCUCGCUUCUGCCGCUGUCCACACCAAAUGCCUUUGCAGCAGGAUCUCCACCUAUGCCAUACUAGCGCAGCAAGCUAAAGACCCGGACAUGGGUCCAUCCAGUAUGCCUUCUGUUCCCCUCCUGGUGGGCUGUGGGGUCUCCUGCAGCGCUCUGCUCAUCCUGCUGCUCAUCUAUGCUGCUUUCUGGAGGUAUAUUCGUUCGGAAAGGUCUAUCAUCUUGGUUAAUUUCUGUCUCUCCAUCCUGGCAUCCAACAUGUUGAUACUGGUUGGACAGUCCCAGACACUCGGCAAGGGCCUGUGUACUGUGACUGCUGCAUUCCUUCAUUUCUUCUUCUUGGCAUCCUUCUGCUGGGUACUGACAGAGGCGUGGCAGUCUUACCUGGCUGUGAUUGGCAAGAUGAGGACACGCCUCAUACGUAAACGCUUCCUGUGCCUGGGCUGGGGUCUCCCAGCCCUGGUGGUUGCUGUGUCAGUAGGUUUCACUCGAGCCAGAGGUUACGGUACACCCAGCUAUUGCUGGCUGUCCUUGGAAGGCGGGCUUCUCUACGCAUUUGUUGGACCUGCAGCUGUCAUCGUAUUGAUGAACAUGCUGAUCGGUAUUGUGGUCUUCAACAAGCUCAUGUCUCGAGAUGGUAUCUCUGACAAGUCUAAAAAGCAGAGAGCUGGGGCGUCCCUAUGGAGUUCCUGUGUAGUUCUCCCUCUGCUGGCUCUGACCUGGAUGUCUGCUGUGUUGGCCAUCACCGACCGCCGCUCCACACUGUUCCAGGUUCUGUUUGCUGUCUUUGACUCUGUCCAGGGUUUCGUCAUCAUUACUGUCCACUGUGCCAUGCGACGCGAGGUUCAGGACGCAGUGCGCUGUCAGAUGGGGGGAUGUAAAGACGACAGUGAGAACUCACCGGACUCAUGCAAGAACGGACAGGUGCAGAUCAUGUCGGACUUUGAAAAAGAUGUGGACCUGGCAUGUCAAACAGAGAGAGGACACCCAUUCAUCUUCAAGGAAGUUAACACCUGUAACCCAGCAACCAUCACAGGGACCCUCUCCCGUAUCUCCCUUGAUGAAGAGGAUGACCCCAAGCUGGCGGCCCACCAGGAGGGGGGCCUAGGGGUCAACUUCAGCUCCCUCCCUGGAAACAUCCCCCCUCCCAACCUACUCGUCCAGGUGCCCCCGCUGGGUGUUCUGAACGAGCUGAGUGACACCACUGUGAAAAAGGAGGUGAACGUGGAGCAGCAGAUGCACCAGGGGAACCCCAGGAACACGGCGCCUGUCUACCUGUGCACUGAGAGCGGGAUGGGCUGGUCUCGACCGCCCCCUCCUCCCAACACUCUGGAUGGACCUUGUGGGGGAGGGGAGGGGGACUAUAUGGUGUUACCCCGUAGGACGGUCAGUUUAAAACCCCCUCUGCCCCCAGGUCUGGGUCUGGGGCUGGGGGGCGAGGACAAGCCGCUUAACAUCGCAGUGGACGACCCGCCCUUCCCCCCGCCCCCAUCGCCCAUGACCCUCCACCCGGCAGAGAGCGAGGCCUACCCAGCUGACUUCAUCUCCCCCGGCGACCACAACAUGAACAUCGGCAUGAACAUGAACCGCUCUUACGGGACGCUCAAGCAGCUCCCCGUGCACGGGAAUCAAGGUCCCCAGGGCCACAUGCACGCUCCGGGCGUCCACGUGCAUGGGGGCCACAUGCAUGACUACGGGCACUCGCUGAAGCCUGGCCAGAGAUCAUCGGUGAGGCAGAUUCUAACAGGAGGGGGAGGGGCGGUGGAGCGCAACCGGACCCUGCCACGCAACCUGGGCAGCACCAACACUAACACCAGCCUCUCCGCUGGCUCCCUGGAGGACAAGUCGACCCCGACCCAAGAUGACCAGCACUCCUGGGACAGCUUCAAGACCAUGACCCCUGAGCUAUCCAUCGUGCCGGGGGAGCACAAGGACAGGAUGGAGCUGCACAACAAGAACACCUGGGACUCCUCGUCUGCCAACACACCUGACACGUCUGAGGGGGACUUCCAGACUGAAGUGUGAUGAGACAGAGAAACACACACACACACACACACACACACAUAGAGAAACACACACACACACAUAGAGAAACACACACACACACACACAUAGAGAAACACACACACACACACACAUAGAGAAACACACACACACACACACACACACACACACACACACACACACACACACACACACACACACACACACACACACACACACACACACACACACACACACACACAUGGAGAAACACACACACAUAGAGAAACACACACACACGAAGAAACACACACAAACACACAUACAGAAACACACACACACACGAAGAAACACACACACACACACACACACACACACACACACACACACACACACACACACACACACACACACACACACACACACACACACACACACACACACACACACACACACAUACACACACACACACAUACUGAAACACACACGAAGAAACACACACACACACACAUACAGAAACACACACACAAUGAAACACACACAGACACGAAGAAACACACACACAUACAGAAACAAACACACACAUGCAGAAACACACACAGAUACAGAAACACACACAUACACACACAUGCAGAAAGACACAUACAGAAAUACACACACACACACACAUACAGAAACAAACACACACACACAUGCAGAAACACACACAGAUACAGAAACACACACAUACACACACACACACACAUGCAGAGAGACACAUACAGAAAUACACACACACAUGCAGAAACACACACACGCAGAAACACACACGCACACACACACACACACACACACACACACACACACACACACACACACACACACACACACACACACACACACACACACACAGAAACACAUACACAUAGAACUAUAGUAGUAAUAUAUUCACACACAUAGAAAUGCAAAAGCAGGUACAUUCAGAAUCAGAGAAACACACACAACCACAAACAAACUGGUUCAAGUGCAGACAUACAGGUACCAACAUGUACAUACAGACAGACACACAGCACUCCUCCACACCACUCUUCACACCCUGUGCGUUCUACAGGAUUCUAUCAUUUGUUUACUACUACAGUGGACAAGGACGAAGGAAAGAACUGGUCUCUGCUAUAUUUUCACACAGACACUUUAAAUGAGAGAACAAGGGCGUGAAAACAGACUGGGACUGAGACAUUUUUAAAUGAACAAAAAAAAAAAAAAAAUUCUUGAUUUUAUUCGCGGUGAAAAAAGGAUCCUCUUUCACCUGUUUGAUGAUUUGAAAAAAAGAAGAAUAUUUCUGCACCGUUCUGUUCUUUUUAUAGAGAAGAAAUCUCACUGAUGUUUGGCACACUGUUAAACCCCUUAGGCUCCCUCCCUUAAUUUCUCCCCUCCUUUCCCAUCUAAUGGAUGACGCAAGCGCUCAGAUUUUUCCCCCUUUGUUUUCGGAGGGGUCGGGGAGGGGGCGGUAGGGAGGUGUAGAACGGAUCAUUGACAUGUGCAAUCCUCUGCUGUUGCUGCCGUCCAAGUGUCUCACACUCUUCUCUCAUCAUCCUUUUUCAAAGUCGUGUUUAUUUUCCUUUUUGUAUUUUUUAUGAUUUUAUGAUAUCCUUCGUCUUAGUUUUUUUUGUGUUUUGUUUGAACAAAAAUAUGAGGGACACAAAAAAAAAUGUCCAACAGUUUCAAUUGUUGUCUCAUUGUCUAUUCCAAUGAAAGUCUCAUUUUAUUUACAUUUUUUCAUGCUUGUGCUGCCUUUUUCCUGUGAGAAUUUUUCCAUGUGGAAUUUUACAGAAUGAUUUAUAACACAUCUGUGAGCUUGCUUUCUGAGGUAACAUGCAUGGCAUGUUCUCAAUGGUACACCUGUGGGAAUUGAAAAAAAGAGUAUCAUCUAGAUUCACACACAUUUCUGUCUUUCUUUUAACCAGUUUGGUAAAAAAAAAGGCGUUUGACCCUCAAACUCUCACCAUAUUUUAUAUACAUGGAUUACCACCUGGAGUCAUUCUGAUCCCAACAACAAACUAUUGGUAAAAUAAACUAUUGGUAAAAUAAACUAUUGGUAAAAGAAACUAUUGGUAACAGAAACUAUUGGUAAAAGAAACUAUUGGUAAAAUAAACUAUUGGUAAAAUAAACUAUUGGUAAAAGAAACUAUUGGUAAAAUAAACUAUUUGUAAAAUAAACUAUUGGUAAAAUAAACUAUUUGUAAAAUAAACUAUUGGUAAAAUAAACUAUUUGUAAAAGAAACUAUUGGUAAAAGAAACAAAUAAUCAAGAUCAACUCUAUUCUUAUAAAAACAUAAUUAGACAUGUAAAUAAUGUUGUCAAAAAAACUGACUGCUAUUUUAGCAAAAUGACAGAUUACGUACUCUGUAAAACAAAAAUAUAAGUGUUUCCCUUAUAUAAUGUGAAGCUUUUUUCCAAAGUGCAAUCCAAUUUAGUUCUAAAAAGCAGAUUUGCCAUAAUUUGAUAGUAGUAUCAUGUAAAUUUAACAUUUGUUUUAUAAAUAUACAUGUUGUCAUAUUUCUGUGGUAAAAUGCCCAAAUCCUCAAAGUUACUUCAAACCAAAUGCUGUAGAGACCAAAACACCCUAACAACUUGCACAUAUAGAUUGGAGGGUAUUAUAGGAAUUAUGGGUUUUGUAUAAGUAUUUCCUUAGAAUUAUUAUUUUUUCUUCAGGAUACACACCAAUACAGAACUGUAUGUUGUUUCAGAGGGUAGCUGGUUUCUGCAUUACAAUUCUACCAAGUAUUUAUACCGAUGACAGACUUUUAUUAGCUGAUAUUUGACCUCAACUAAGCAUAUAUCUAAGGUCAUUUCAAUUUUGUACACAGUCACACACAUAGUUCUAAUCAGUUAUAACCAGUUAUAACCAUAGGCGAGUACACAAGGUGCUCCAUCUCUGCAGGUGAUCUGUCUAUCAUGUCAAGAUCACUGAUACAGGUGCCCCUCCACCCUCUAGUGGUAUGGAUAACUUGUUAUCAUGUCUCCAGAGAAACCUGGUUUAAAAUAAAUACGUUUUGGAGAAUACACACCAAUACCGACUCAGAUCGUAUCUGAGUUCCGUAUUGCAGUUUUAUCAAGUUUUUAUACCAUUGGUAGACUUUGUAUAUCAUUGGCAGAUUUUUAUAUGAACAAAGAUAUGGUAAUGUUGGUUUUGUAGUCAUACGAUAAGUGGUAUAGAAAAGUACAGUCUUAGGCGACUAUAUGGGUAGCUAUUUCUCUGUAGAUGAUCUGUCUAGCUGGUCAAAAUUACUGAUACAGGUGCCCCUCCACUUCUGGAGGUAUGGAUAACGUGUGAUUAUGUCUCCAGAGAAACCUCGAUUCAAAUCAAAGUAUUUUAUAUCAAAUGACGAUAGGCGGAAUUAGCUGGGGUCAAGUGACCCCAAAGGACUUUCAUUUUUUGACAGUCCAUAUUGAUACAGAAACAUUAAACAAUGAUUUAGAUUUAUUAAGAACAAGUUGACAGACAGAGUCAUGAAAAUAUUGAAGAAUUGAUUCAAACCAUGUUUGGGUUUCAUUGAUCAAAAUGACCCCAGUCGGUAGUUUGAGGGUUAAGGUCUUGAAACAUCUGAAUCAAUUACACAAUUAACCAAUCAAAGCAGGCUAUCUGUCAGGAGGGUGUAGCCUACCUGAAAGUGUUGCUGUAGCAUUUCCCCUCUCUCAAGUUGGAUCCCAGGUCUUGUUCUAAGUGUAUCUCAAUUGUUCUUACUCCCACUGCUUUAGAGCGCCGUAUUAAUCGCUGUCUCGUGCAUCCGCUCUCAGCUCCUCAAGAAAACAGGGAAAUAAAAAAUAAGCUAUAGUUUCAGAUGUAAUGACCAGAAGUGUGUUUACUACUCAGCUUGUCGGUACUUGUCUCUUUUGUGAAAGAAAGAGAGGAAGGAAAACUCAGAACAGAUAGAUAGUAAGACAACGCAGCCAAAAUGUUCCACUUUGGUCAGAAACGCUGACAGGGUUUUGUGGAAAAUGCAGAGACGUCUAAUAUCUAAUAUAUAUCCAAAAACAUUUUCAUUGCAUCUCUCUUCUCGCUCUAUUGCUCUGUCUGUCUAUCUCUCUCUCUCUCUCUCUCUCUCUCUCUCAUUCUUUCUCUUUGAAAUAGUUUGAAUAGUCAUAUGUACAGGACACACAUGGUAGGCCCUAUACACCUUCCAACAAAUAUACAGAUCUUACUUGCAGGUUCCCUCUCAAUAAUGCAACAACAAUAAGACAUAAUAAAAUAUAAGAAUCAUAAUUAUUUCUUAUUCCUCAGUCUCCCCUGGAUCAUGGAAAUCCUUAUGUAACAAUGUAGUCCAUUCUAUCUGCUCUCACACACACUGGGAGCUCUGGGAGUCACGGCCAAGACCUGAGCUGAAUAAACCACAGGGGUGUCAGCAGGAGAGAUGGUGAAGAGAGGAGACAGAGAGAUGAGAGAGGAGAGUAAAACGGAGGAGAGAUGUGAGGGAAACAUAAGAAGAGACAUAGGGAGUAGAAUGAGAUUACAAAAAGGGAGAUUUAAUAUAUAGUGAUCUACAUAGGGUCCUGGUCAAAAGUAGUGCACUAAUUAGGGAAUAGGGUGCCAUUUUGGAUGUAGACCAAUAACCUUUGAGGUGAUCUUAAACAGUUAGCUUUCACAUUGGAAUAAAGGUUCAAUAGAAAGUGUUCAUUCCAUAGCCAACCUUUUGAACCUAGAUUGACUAGCUAACUACACACACAAAACACCCCCAUCUGACUCAUGUUUAUAUCUAUAGCAUCUAAAUCACUGUUCUCUCCACUCUCCACUCCCUUCACUACCCAGUGAGCACUCACUAGUUGAAUCAACGUUGUUUUCAUGUCAUUUCAAUGAAAUUCCAUUGAACAAACGUGGACUAGACAGACGUUGAAUUGACGUCUGAGCCCAGUGAGGGAGUACUGAGGCUUGGUUGGGAAGAUCAGGUGAUGGUGGUGGUGUUGAAAGGUAGACGUUCUGUAAGGCACAUUCUCCAGGGUUAGUCGUCUAACACCUCCUUAGCAGGUCUACUACUAUAACUCCAAAUUAGACUUGGGCUGUGGAGAGAAGGAUGAGAGCGAGAGAGAGAGAAAGAGAGAGAGGAAUGAGAGAGAGAGAAAUGAGAGAACAAGCUAAAGAGACAAUAUUAAAUUGGUGAUGGAAAGUAUUAUAGACUGUGAGCGAGAGCAAAGGUAGAGACAAUGAGCGAGUGGUCGAGGCAGAGAGAGAACUAGAGAUGGAGCACAGCGGUGAGUUCUAAGUGUUUAUCCAGGGGAAUGGCCAUUUGUCCUGACAUUUUCCGAGGCGGUCCUCAGACCAUCUGUCUAAAUAUCCCUAAUGGUACCGUAUGGAACAUACAGGCAGAUGGCAAAACAAGAGAGCAGGCCUGUCUAACCUUUACCGCUAAUCAGCUGAUAUGCAGAUCUAUGGCUACUGAUCUGAGGUCAGUUUUGCAAUUCGCCUCCCUAAUGGUUUGGGUUAGGGAUUUGGGGAGGGUCCCAGAUUCCAGAUCUGUACCUAAGGGCUAAUUCUCUCUGACACGUCAUGCAACUGUGAAGGUUUAUGAUAGAUAUGCUUCACCUUAGGUCUCUUACGCAGAGGAAUGGCUGAUGGUAUCCUAAUCCUUGUCCUGCUAGUCCCAAAUACCACAGCCAGGUGGAUAAAUAAGACUACAGAGACAGGUAAGUGAGUGAGUGAUGAAUUCACUUCCUGAAUUGACAAACUUCUACAGAUCCUCACUUUCACUGGUGUUUAAACUGGUCCAUGAUCAUGUGACUGUGCCUAAGUCUACUUCAUUCCACCAAUCAGAGUCCACUUUGUGAUCAUCUCUGAUCUUUUGAAAGGCAAUCUGGGAUACCAGAAAACCCAUCUGAUUGACACAGAUAUUGACUCCUUUCUCUAACUCUAAAGGGAUGUUUUCAGAGAGUUUACUGUUGUAUUGGUUUGUUGAAAAGUUUCAGCAUAUGAAAAUACAAUCUGGCUAUGAGAGCCUAAAUCACGAAACGUCAAAGUUGUGAAUAUUGUAAAGAUGUUAUGAAUUGCACGGAUGAGGUAUUGAAAGCAAUGUGACUUAAAUGUGUCUUCAUAGUAUGUGGUUUGAUGCAAGAAUAUGAUGUGUGCUCAUUUCUAGAUUAAUGAGAGUUGUGAUAGAUGCAAGAAAGAGAAACUAUGAUCUUGGACUACAUGUGCACCUCCAAUCUACCAUGCUUGAGAUGUUGACCUACCUAAUCCCACAACCAUCAAAACUCUCCCAUUGGUGUUACAAUGUUGCCCAAAAAAGUCGCUCCUACACUUUCCUCCCUCAUUUAUGUUUUUUAUACAUAUGAUUGUACAAAGUAGUCCUCUAAUGUUUUCAUAGUGUCUUUUUUAUAUUAAAAUAAAUUUUCAAA